GCAGAUAGAUCCAGGAGCUGGAGUGGAAAGGGAAGCAAGAGUGAAUGUAGCAGCAUUUGCCCGCUUUAAGAGAUGAUCAUUUUAUUCAGCGCGCCUUGUAACUUACACAGGCUGGGCAAUGUAACUAACACGGGGGCAAUGUAACUAACGUGGGGGUAAUGUAACUAACUGGUUCUCUGUGUGUCUGGGUUCUAAAGGAGCUGCCUUUAAGAUUUUCAUCAGGGAAGAGAAUGUCGAGACGCAGUGAUCGUUUGCAAGCCAGACAGACAAAAGCCGAGGAACAAAGUGAAGAUUCUGCACAGUCCAAGAAGAGAGAAGCAGAAACGUGCAGGCUGCGUUGCAAUGAAACAGAAGUCGGCAAGAGAAGAAGACAGUUCCAGAUACAGAAUUGCUGGGCUCCCAUCGCUCCUGGUGCCAUUAGUCCUUGCAUCCUCAUCCCAACGCCGCACAAAGACAACAACGUCACCGAUGACUUCUCCAAAUUCUCGCAGUAUAGGUUUAAAAACUUAUUCCUCAGCAAAUCGCCGCUACCUCCUCUUGGGUGGGGAAACUCUGAAGAUGUGUGGUCGAAUAUGUUGAAGAAGGAAAUAAAAUAUACUCACAGUAAAACCGUUUUGUUGCUGCAUCCAUCCCUGCAGCCAAAGAUGAGAGCAAUUUUACUGGAUUGGCUAAUAGAGGUUUGUGACGUUUACACGCUUCACAGGGAAACGUUUUACUUGGCUCAGGACUUCUUUGAUCGGUUCAUGUUUACUCAGGAAAAUGUCCACAAAAGCAAGCUGCAACUCAUCGGCAUCGCCUCUCUCUUCAUCGCUGCGAAGCUAGAGGAAAUCUACCCUCCAAAAUUGAAUGAAUUUGCGUACGUAACAGACGGAGCGUGUACGGAAACUGAAAUACUUGAUAUGGAGCUAAUUAUUUUAAAGGCAUUAAAAUGGGAGUUGUGUCCCGUGACGAUUAUCUGUUGGUUGAACAUUUAUCUUCAAAUUGUCUUUUUAAAAGAAAUACCCAACAUAUCACUGCCUCAGUAUUCUCAGGACAUCUUCGUACAGAUUGCUCAGCUUUUAGAUCUGUGCAUCCUCGAUGUGGAGAGUUUGAGUUUCCCUUACGGAGUAUUGGCUGCUGCUGCUGUGUGCUAUUACACGUCUAUAGAGGAUACUUUCAAAGCUUCAGGACUGCGAUGGGAGAGCAUUUCCACAUGUUUUAAUUGGAUGGCUCCGUUCGCAAAGACGCUGAGUGAAGGGGCCCCCGUGAAACUGAGAGACUUCAAGCACGUGGCAAAUGAGGAUGGGCAUAAUGUCCAGACACACAUAAUGUACCUGGAUAUGCUUGAUGAGGUGCAUGUUAGGAGAUCGGAGUGUACAGCGAGGCUAUCACCCGUGUCCAUAGGAGGCAUAUUGACUCCACCUAAAAGUACUGAGAAACCAUCAUCCAGUUCAUCACCCUGAGAGGGACAAAUGGAAGAUUCAGACUUUGAUGGGAUUAAUGCUACAGGAGCUGUAUAACUGCCAUGACAUGCAGCUGCAAACUUACUGGGGUUUAAUUUUAUGAAAGGAAAAUCAAGGCAUCGUCUGAUGUUUUUUUUUGGAUAUGUUUUAGCGUGGGCAAGCUGGGAGCUGGCUCCAGAAGAAACAUUAACUUCAACCUGUGAUGGGACUAUUUUAGGGAGGGGGAAAAAAGUAUCCUUUUAUUUUAUAAACAGAACCCAGAGAUGACUACUGCGCAUUAAGGCAGCUCGUGCGGUUUCAUUCGGAAAGAUAUCUGCGCGCAUGCGGAUUAAAUUCUCUCUUGGAGUGGGCAGACCGGUGAAGCUGUGAUUUUUCCAUUCCGCAAAAUAUCCAACGAAAGCCAACAGAGCCAUUGUUUGAGUCGCAAUUGAAGGAGGUACAAAACGCAACUGAAGUCGUGCACUGUGGCUGAGAACUUCAACGGAGGGGGGGGGAGGGAGAAAUCACGCAUUAAGUUUACAACAGGGAAGUGGGUGGUUUGCAGUGGAGAUUUGCAAGAUGACUCAUUUGCUGUGAAUGAUUAAAUACAUCUUUAUAGCAAGUA